GGCACAUUUACUGUAUAUAAAUAUAUAUAGCUGCUUUAGCUUCAUUCACCUCCGUAGCCCAGUAGCUCCUUUGGGCUCCCAUUGGAGGAUGCCGAAAGUGAACCCCAUCGUGUUCAUCGAUGAGGCCUUGUUGCCCGAAUCCCGCGACCACACCAGCCAUGUGAAGGCAUGGCCGUUGAAAGCCGUGGAUCGGAAGCUUCCAAGGACACCCUCUGGUGCAUUGGAUCGUGGGAAAGAGGCGUGCUUCAUACACACCCGGGGAGCCCUGCACAGGACCAUGUCGGCAGCAGCCCGGCUUGGCCAACGGUUCACCUAUGUGGAGGAGAAGGCGGAGAUGCCUGAACCGUUCCGCGCCCUGCCGCCGAUUCCGCCGCUCGAGCCCGCCGGUGCCGCCGAAAGCGAGGGCGUUUCGCCGGACGACGAGGGCGAAUGCCUGGUGAAGGUCCAGCGAAGGAAGAAGAAGCAUGUCACCAUGCCAGCGAGGUUGGGUCCCAUGGAAGAGAUGAGCAGCGCUCGAAUGGAAGACAUUGGCAAAGCAGCGAGGGGCCGCUUGCCAUCCGAGCCUUUGCUGCCUGACAUUGGGCCAUCCAGACCGCUUCUCACCCUUGCUGGAGAGCCAGAUUUGCCGGUGAUCAUGCGAAGAAAGAAGAAAGUGGCUACAAUGCCAGAGCUUCGAAGAACUGAGUGAAGUGACGUUGGCUCCGGCGGCUAAGCGGCUAGCGGCUGUGCUCGAGAACCGGUCGAAGAGGAGCAGCCACGGAGAUCAGCCACCUCGGCUCAACGAGGAGAUCUCAGACCCAGACCAUCCAAUAUCAAUUAAGGCAAUAUAUGGCAUUUUAUGCCUAAGACUAACCCAUUGUGAGUCGACUCAAAUCAGCGACUGCCCCGGGGAUGGAGCUGGGAGUUUUCUGCAAGCAAGCUUGCACAUUGUUCAGUGAGCUUGUGCAGACAAGUCGGCAAAGCUGGCUUUUGACUGCGAAAGUUCUUGCAAAUGCAUGUUCUUCAGAUCGGAGAAUCGAUCUGAAUGUUUUUUUUUAGUACCGGUGUGGCACUUUCUGUAAGAAAGACUGAGACUUCUCAAGACGGUGCGCAAUAGGGCUAAAA